AUGCCGGCGAGUGCACGAAGGAAAAAAGACAAAGUGCCCGCGCCGGGCACGAAAGGCGAGAAGUCCACUGGCUUCUACACCAAGAAGAGGUGGAGGUCGGUGCUGCAGGAGACGCGCGUGGACCUUGCCGGCCGCGCUCUCGGGCCACGUGGCGCCCUUAUUGUGGGCACGGCUCUCUUCAGGAAUACGUACGUCACCUUCCUCGAUCUGAGCCACAACGAGCUAGGCGAUGAUGGUGCGAUAUCGAUCGCCAGCAUGUUGCGUGGCAACACCCAUGUGCAGUACUUGAACUUGUCGCACAACAACAUGACAGACGCCGGCGGCAUCGCACUGGCGAGCGCUUUCAUUCCUAACGUCAGCCCUUCUGGCCAGCCCGGUCAAUGGAAUCGUACGCUGUUUACCCUCGUUCUCAUGGGCAACAGGCUCGGUGAUGAUACCCUCCUCGCCAUGGGCAACGCCGCGGCAUGCCACCGCGACUUGACCCGCGUGGACCUCUCGUGGAACACUGUCGGAGAGAACGGCACGAAGUGCCUCAUGCGGGCCUACGAGCGCAACCCACUCUGCGUCUACGAACUAGCCGCCAACGCUAUCGGGGACGAGGGUGCCGUAUACCUCUGCGAGGCACUGCAGCGUCACGGCGGUAAGACCCAGACAACGCUGAACCUGUACCGCAACUCCAUCAGCUGCCCCGGCGCCGAAGCAGUUGGCCGACUUGUGGCGAGCUCAUCCAUCGUGCAGGACGUGAGCCUCGCUUGCAACACGAUCGGCUUCAAAGGGGUGCAGGCGCUGCAGCGUCAGUUAACGGACGCCGCCGUGAUCGCCAGCUGCACCUUGCGCUCUCUCAACCUUAGCGACAACUGGAUUGGCGAUGAGGGAGCGGCGAGUGUGGCGGCCAUCAUCAAGGCCGAUCUCCCCUCACUCGAACGCCUGGACGUGUCUGAAAACAAAAUCACCGACGUCGGUGCCACCGCCAUUAUCACGGCGGCUUUGCAGAACACGCACCUGCUACUGCUGAACUGUGAGGCAAACCGCCUCGGCCCCAAGGCAGUAGACGCGGUGGUGCGGCUUAUCCAUGAGACGCGCACUCUCAAGUCCCUCAACGUGGCCGGCUGCGUUGGCUCGGCUGAUCACCGGCGCACGCUGACCAUCGCGGUGGGAGAGACUGACGGAUUGCAUGUUGAGCUAGGCCCAAGCCCGGAGGAUGCAACUGGCUCCAAGGACAUAAUGUUUAUAGACAAGAUGACGGAGCAUCUGCAGAUGCUGGCGGACCAGGAAGCGCAGCGGCAGAAGGAGAGCUUGGCUGCGAAGAAGACAAAGAAGGCUUGCUAG